AUGUUGUCAGAAUCUUUUAAAUUCUUAACAUUUGCUCUUUUAAUUAUUACGAUUUUAUCGAAUGUUUUUAUCAAUGCAUCGCCAAUUCUCUCAGAAAAACGUAAAGUAGACGACGGUAUUGCUUAUGCAUGUAUUGUUAUUGAUAAACAAGAUGUUACUGUAAUCCGCUUUCCACAAAUUUCAAAAAACACCGUGCGUAUAAUUGGACAAUUCAACUCUGGUUUUACAAGUGAAAAUAAAAAUGAUUAUAAAUUCUUGAUAGUUGAUGGUGCUGGUAAAGUAAAAGUUGAUCUUACUGAUAAAAUUAGAUCUCAAUUGCAUAUUAAUGUUCCUGGAACCAGUCCAUUCGAAUGUGACGAAGAACUUACAAUUUCAGAUAUAUUGGGUUUGAUUUUAGUUGUAAUAUUACAGGGCGAAGAAAUCGGAAGAGGUCAAAUCAAACUCUCACGUCAACUUGACACGUAG